UUCCACUUUUUUGCUUUCUGUGUAGUCCCACUUCAAUUCCAUGGCGUAAUUGUUUGGUUUCUUCAACUCUUGUAUUUUCUUUUUCCAUUACAGAUCCCCAACAAACCUCAUCAUUAAGCUAACAUCUCCGGCCACAACCAAAACUCAGAGCUACAAUUUUUACUAACCAUGGGUUAGAAGACUAGAAAAAUCAGUCCUAUAAACACUACAUGCAACUGUAACGGUACAAACAGAGGGAACUGAGAGACUCAAAACAGCUAUAUACUGCGCAAUUUAGUGUUAUAUAUUUAUUGAUUUAGGUCUGAUCAAAUUAUAAGGAGGACAGUGUUAAUUGAAUUAUUGUUAUUAUUACUAUGGCGUCGCGAACGGAUUCGAAAAGAAAGUAUUCCUGGUGGUGGGACAGCCACAUAAGCCCCAAAAACUCUAAAUGGCUUCAGGAAAAUCUUACAGAUAUGGAUGUCAAAGUCAAACAAAUGAUUAAGCUUAUUGAAGAAGAUGCAGAUUCUUUUGCAAGGAGGGCGGAGAUGUACUAUAAGAAACGCCCAGAGCUUAUGAAAAUGGUUGAAGAAUUUUACCGAGCAUACCGUGCCUUGGCGGAAAGAUAUGAUCAUGCAACCGGAGUGAUUCGCCAGGCACAGAAAACAAUGACAGAGGCAUUCCCAAACCAAGUCCCUUUCAUGCUAGCAGAUGAUUCUCCUUCAGGUUUUGCUGAUGGUGAGCCCCGUACACCUGACAUGCCACCAAUGCGUGCCCUUUUUGAUCCUGAUGAGUUGCAAAAGGAUGCUUUGGGCGUUUCUCCAUCACAUUUUAAUGCUAUCAAGAGGAAUGGAGCUUUCACCGAAGAAUCUGAUUCUGUUCCUGGGAAAAAGGGUUUGAAACAGUUCAAUGGUUUGUUUGGAUCUGCAGAGGGCCCGAACAGUGCAAAGUUAGUUGAAGGAAGAGCAAGAAAAGGCCUCAAUUUUCACGACGCUGAAGUGCCAAGUGUGCAAAGCAGUGAUAUCAAGGCUCGAGUUCCGUCCGAGUCCGAGAGAGUGAGUAAAGCUGAGAUGGAAAUUUCAACCUUAAAGAAUACUCUUGCUAAAUUAGAAGCUGAAAAGGAGGCUGAGCUAUUACAGUACCAACAGAGUCUGGAAAGAUUGUCUAAUCUGGAGUCAGAAGUCUCUCGUGCUAAGGAGGAUUCCGUGGGACUUAAUGAACGCGCGAGCAAAGCUGAAAGUGAAGUUCAAACUUUGAAGGAAGCCAUAACAAGACUUGAGGCUGAAAGAGAAUCUAGUUUUCUUCAAUAUCAGCAGUGUUUGGACAAAAUAACUAUUCUGGAGAACAGUGUCUCCUGUGCCCACAAAGAUGCAGGAGAACUGACCGAACGAGCUAGUAAAGCUGAAAUAGAGGCUGAAACACUUAAAAAAGAACUGAAUAGACUAGAAGCUGAAAAAGAAAAUGCUCUUCAUCAGUACAACCAGUGUUUGGAGAAGAUUUCUGCUCUAGAGGAGAAAUUGUUUCUUUCUGAGGAAGAUGCUAGGAGGUUUAAUGAGCGUGCUGAUAAAGCUGAAAGCGAAGUUGAAUUUUUGAGACAAGAGGUAUCCAAGCUAACUAAAGAGAAUGAAGAUGCUGCUGUCAAGUUCCAGCAAUGUAUGGAUACAAUUUCUGGAUUGGAGCGCAAGCUAGCUUCUCUCCAGGAGGAGGCCCAAAGGCUUAACUCUGAGAUAGAUGAUGGGGUUGCAAAGUUGAAGGGUGCUGAAGAAAAGUGUCUUUUGCUGGAGAAAUCAAAUCAUACUAUGCACUCUGAGGUGGAGACUCUAGUACAGAAAAUGGCAGCACAAAAUGAAGAACUUACAGAGAAGCAGAAGGAAUUAGGUAGACUUUGGACUUGCCUACAAGAAGAGCGCUUGCGGUUCAUGGAGGCUGAAACUGCUUUUCAAACCUUGCAGCAUUUGCACUCUCAAUCUCAGGAAGAACUGAGAUCCAUGGCUGCAGAGAUUCAAAAUAAGGGUCAGAUAUUACAGGGCCUGGAAGUUCAUAAUCAGAGCUUACAAAAUGAAGUGGAGGAAGUCAAGGUGAAGAACAAGGGCCUGAGUGAUGUCAACUUAUCUUCAACUUUGACGAUAGAGAGUCUGCAAGAUGAGAUUUCAAGCUUACGGGAGACUAUAGGUAAACUUGAAGCGGAUGUCGAACUUCGGUUGGACCAAAGAAAUGCUCUUCAGCAAGAAAUUUACUGUCUAAAGGAGGAACUUCAAGACCUUAAAAAGAACCACCAGGCUAUAAUUGAGCAGGUGGAGUCUGUUGGCCUCAGUCCAGAUUGCCUCGGGUCGUCUGUGCAGGAUUUGCAAGAUGAAAAUAUAAGACUAAAAGAGGUUUGUGAGCAAGAGAGAAGCAAAAAAGUAGCUCUUUUGGAAAAGUUGGAGAUCAUGGAGAAACUUAUAGAGAAAAAUGCUCUUUUGGAGAAUUCUUUAUCGGAUUUGAAUGUUGAGCUAGAAGGGGUGAGAGAGAGGGUAAGGGAAUUAGAAGAAUCCUGUCAAUCUCUGCUGGGAGAAAAAUCCACACUUGUUUCUGAGAAAGCCGCACUAGUCUCUGAGUUGCAGGUUGCCACUGAUAAUUUGGAGAAACUUGCAGAGAAGAACAAUCUUUUGGAGAAUUCCCUUUCUGAUGCAAAUGCUGAGGUUGAAGGGUUGAGGGUAAAAUCAAAGAACCUAGAAGAUUUAGCUGUGCUGCUCGAGAAUGAGAAGUUGGACCUGGUUACUAUGAAGAGGAAUCUAAUUUCUCAGUUGGACAUCACUCAGAAAACACUGGAAAAUCUGGAGAAAAAUUAUACAGAUUUAGAAAGGAGAUAUUCCAGUCUGGACAAAGAGAGAGAGUCUAAACUUCAAGAAGUCGAAGAGUUACAGGUUCACUUAGAUGCUCAAAAGCAAAAACAUUCUAAUUUUGCUCAGGUGAGCGAGGCUCAGUUGGCCGGUAUGGCGACACAGAUUCAGUUACUCCAAGAAGAAAGCCAGCGGCGCAUAAAGAAACAAUAUGAAGAAGAACUGGAGAAAGCCUUUUUUUCUCAGACAGAAAUUUUCAUUUUGCAGAAGUGUGUUCAAGAUCAGGAAGGAAAUAAUGUUUCCCUUCUGCUGGAGUGUCAAAAACUCCUGGAGGCAUCUAAACUGUCAGAAAAAUUGAUUUCCAAAUUGGAGCAUGAAAAUCUUGAACAACAGAUGGAGGUUAAAUCUUUAUAUGAUCAAAUUAAAGUGCUGAGAGUGGGGCUUUAUAGAGUGCUGAAGACUCUUGAACUCGAGGUGAACCCAUGUGGUGAAGAUAAGGCUGACCAUGACCAAAUACUUCUAAACCAUGCUCUGAACAAGCUUCAACAAACACAAAGAUAUCUCUUGGAGAUGCAAGAUAAAUACGAGAAGUCGGUCAUCGAGAAUUCUGUUUUUGUUACUCUGCUGGGACAACUUCAACACGAGGUGGCAAAUCUUGUGACAGCUAAAAAUACUCUUGAUCAAGAGUUGACGCAUAGGUCUGAGCAGUUCUUGGUUUUGCAUAGUGAGAGCAAGAACCUUUUAGAGAUGAAUGAAGGGUUGAAAAACAAGAUUGUGGAUGGAGAGCACAGAGAGGAUUUACUGAACAUAGAGUUAAAGAAUGUUCAUGGACAGCUUUUAGACUUGCAGGUGGCUUAUCAGAAUUUACAGGAGGAGAACUGCAAGUUACUUGAUGAACAAAGAUCCUUUAUGAAGUCAAUCUCAAAUUUGGGAGAGGAGAAAAGAAAUUUAGAAGAUGAGAACUGUACAAUAUUUUCUGAAACAGUAUCUCUAAGUACCCUUUCUCUAAUUUUUAGGGAUAUCAUCUCUGAAAAAGUUUUGGAAGUAAUACAGCUUAAUCAAAAUUUGGAUAAACUUUAUCAUGUCAAUAAUGGCCUCGACGAGAAGGUGAAGACAAUGGAGGGGAAGCUAGUGGAACUUAGUUUGAUGUUUGAUGAGAAAAGAGAGCUUCAUAAAAUGGUGGAAGACCUAAAAAGCAAGUGUGAUGAGGCUGAAUUGAUUCGGGCAGAUCAAGAAAAGCAGAUAAUCAAACUAUCUGGGGAUUAUGAUCAGCAAAGUAUGGAGUUAGAAUGCAUUCGUGAAGCUAACAGAGAAUUGGAAGCUGACCUGGAGAAAUUGAACGGAGAAAUUUUAGAGGCUAAAAGCAGGGAGGAAUCUCUGAAUUCUGAACUGCAGAAAGAAAGAUACGAGGUUCAAAGAUGGGAGUCUCAGGCUGCAGUACUUUUCGGUGAGUUGCAGAUAUCUACAGUGCAACAAGCCCUGUUUGAAGGAAAGGUUUAUGAGCUCAUUGAAGCAUGUGAAAGUCUUGAAGGAAAGUCAGUGGAGAUUGAUCAACUGAAAGAAAGAGUAACCACCCUGGAAUGUGAAAAUGAGGAACUAAAGACUACGAUGACUUCUUAUAUCCCCACAUUCAUUUCAUUGAGGGAGAGUAUAAUGUCAUUGGAGAAUCAUACUUCCACUCAUGCAAUACUUCCUGAAGUUGACAAGAAGGAACCAAAGGGUACCAUGUCAGAAGUCCAUUUGGAGAGCUCUCAAGAGACUAAUUAUGAACAAAGAACUAUGAAUCCAGAUGAGCUUCUGGACUUGCAAAAUUUAGAGAUGCGUAUUAAAGCUAUUGAAGAGGCUGUGUUAGAAAGGGAGAGACUUGCUGUUCUGGAACAGUCGAGUGCUAAUUCUAAGCUUGAGGCUGCUAUGGGAGAAAUUGAAGUAUUGAAAUCUAGAAGCAGCUUACAUCAAGAAUCUAUUGGAGUAGCCAAGCACGGAAGUCAAAAUCCAGAGGGCAAGGGACUGAGACAUGAAACCAAUGGAGCAGGAAAUGAAGUGAUGACGAAAGACAUAAUGCUCGAUCAGGUAUCCGAGUGUUCAUCUUAUGGGAUCAGCAGAAGGGACACAGUCAAGGCUGAUGAUCAGAUGCUUGAAAUAUGGGAAACUGCUAACCACGAUACCAGCAUCGACCUGACUGUCGAGAAGUCCGUAAAGGCAAAUGCUGCCUUGGCAGAAAAAAAGCGCAGCAAACGGUACUCUUCUACAGAAUCAAUGGUUGAGAAGGAUGUCAGCGUGGACAAGUUGGAGAUCUCGAGGAGAUUUUCAGGGUCUCGUCAAGAAGGGAAUGAGAGGAAGGUUCUUGAAAGACUUGAUUCUGAUGCACAAAAGUUGACUAAUCUUCAAAUAACUGUUCAAGACUUGAAGAAGAAAGUGGAGAUCACUGAGAAGAGCAAAAAGGAUAAAGGACUUGAAUAUGACAGUGUGAAGGAACAGUUAGAAGAAUCCGAGGAGACCAUCAUGAAGCUGUUUGAUCAAAAUCGCAAAUUAACGAAGAGCGUUGAAGAUGAUGCAUCUACCUUUGACGAGAAUUCUAUAUUAGACGAGAAUGGAAUUGUCAGGAAGAGAAAAAUUGCAGAACAGGCAAGAAGAGACUCUCAGAAAAUCGGCAGGUUGCAGUUAGAGGUGCAGAAAAUACAAUUUCUGUUGGUGAAACGCGACGAUGAAAACAAAAGCAGAGGAAAAACGAAGAUCAUGGAUCGAAGAACAAGUGUUCUACUGCGAGACUACCUGUAUGGCGGAACGAGAACUACCCCGAGGAGAAAGAAAGGGAACUUUUGUGCUUGUGUGAAACCUCCUACCAAGGGAGAUUGAGAUAAAUUUGCCUUUUAUCAGCCAAUAAUUGUCAUAAUUCUUGCUGAAAUUAAAUUAAGACAUUUAGGUUAUUUGUGUAUAAAUUUUGCUUAGUUGAGGGUGUAUUUUCAUGUUUAACGAACAUCAGGUGAUAGAAGCCAUUCUAUACAUAUAUAAUCGGAAAAACAUGUAAAGACGAUCACAAAUCUGAGGACUUCAAUAAAUUUUCUUCAUAAUCAA